AUGCUCUGUUGCAGCUGCUACCGUGGCCGCCACGGCGGUUGCCAACCGCCCCGCGCUCUGGGGCUGCUGCUGCUCCUGCUGCUGCUGCUACCACCUCUUGCAGCAGCUGCAGCGGGCCCAGGCCGCUGUGACACCAUAUACCAGGGCUUCGCCGAGUGUCUGAUCCGCUUGGGGGAUGGCAUGGGCCGUGGAGGCGAGCUGGAGACCGUCUGUAGGUCCUGGAAUGACUUCCACGCGUGCGCCUCGCGAGUCCUGUCGGGCUGCCCGGAGGAGGCAGCCGCUGUGUGGGAGUCGCUGCAGCAAGAGGCUCGCCGGGCCCCGCACCCGGAUAACUUGCACACUCUGUGCGGCGCCCCUGUGAGCGUCCGGGAGCACGGUGCGGGCCCCGAGACCAACCAGGAGACGCUGCGAGCCACGGAGCCCGCGUCCGCCCCGACCCCCGCUCCCCCGCUACUGGCAGCCGCGCUGGCAGUCGCUUGCCUCCUGGGACCUCUGGCCUAG